UUCCAGUGCGUGUGUGUGUGUGAGAGAAGGAAAGGAAGGUGGUACGAAACGCAUCAUCAGAUGAAGAUUGGUACAUUUGUCUCCGUUCUAACUGCAAUCUUCCAAGAUUUGCCGCGAGUUUAAGCGAUAAUUUAGAGCCAUAAGAAGCUACAAUAGUGGAAGAGAACGAUGAUUACGCGAUCGAAUCUUGCAGAACAGCUAAGGGAGUAUCAGAUUCGAUCUAAGCACGAAUGGUCCUCCAUCUCUUUCUUUUCAUCCACCUCCAAUCUCACUUCUUCAAGGGUUGAUGUUGCGGUUUUUGUGAUAUGGGAACUUAUAAUUCUGGCAUCCUUAGUGUUCUCAGCAGUGUCAUUGUAUUUCAGGAAUAUGAAUGUUGCGUUUAUCUUGUUUUCAUUUUCAUUGAUUCUACUAAUAUGUAUGAAAAUAACAAGGAGCAUCAAACAAAACCGAAAAAAGAAAAGGAGGAUGCUUCUCCCACUAUCUAUGUAGAACCAAUGUGGUGGUGGUAAAUUCUUUUUUCUGUUUUUAAAGUGGUGUCGGUUUUGUUGUGUAUAGCAUGGGAAAAUGUUGUUUACAUAGGGAGUGAAAGAAUGCAAUGGUUAAAGCAGCAAUCUUUCAUUAACACAAGUUUGAUGAAGGUCAGUUGGAUAAUUGAAGACUUCUAUGUCAUAUCAAUGUUCUGUUCUUUGCCUCAGCAUUUGAUUUGAUUUAGAAUAUGUUCGAGAGA